AUGGGUAACAGCAGCCACGGUUUGUCUCUUGUGGUGCCCCUAAACAGCUUCGGCAAUGUGUUGAUAUUUCUGUUCAGCGUGUUCCUGGCCGCGGCCAUCAUCUUCCUCAACGUGUCCGUCUCUCUGUCCAUCCUGCUGAACAAGGCGCUGCGCAGCGAGAACCGCUUCAUGUACAUGCUGAGCACCUGCCUCAGCGACAUCUGCACCGGAGUGUCCUAUUACUAUGUCGGCGUGCUCGAUGUGAGGGACAACUUCGAGUCCCCCACGACCACUUUUUACAUCGUCCCCACGUUUCUCGGGCUGUCCUACAUGGCCAUCCUGGCUGCUCAGGCGGACAGGUACCACGCGGUGGUGUCACCCUUUAAGUACUCGCAGCGCAUGACCCGCAACAGGACCCUGAUGGUCAUCGUCGCCUACUGGGUUUACGCGUUCUUUAUCGUGGGUGUGCACAACCUGGUGCCGCUCGGGGUGGCCAAAAAGAUCACGAGCAUGGGCACGUUUGUGGGGAACAUACUGACGGUGACUAUCAUGAUCGGGCUGAACAUCAGACUGUUCAUCAUAGCCAGGUUCCAGCUGGAGAAGGAGCCCCCCUCCGAGGAGAGAGACAGCAAGCGCUCCUCCGUCUAUCUCAUCCUGGUGGUGGCCGUGUUUUUCCUGGGGACGUGGCUCCCCAUUUUCUCCCACGUCAUGGCCUGCAAUCUAGCCAAUUCGACUUGUUACACCUUCAGGAACGAAGGCACCGACCCUCUCCGCAUUUUGCCCCGAGUUAACGCGUCCCUGACCCCCAUCCUGUACAUCAGAGGGUGCAGUGCGCUCAGGGUGACGCUGCUCACCAAAGUGUGGAGACACUGCUGCUGCAGGAGGAGCAGGCAUCCUGGGAAACCUGGGCCCAAAGACACCCUGUCUCCGCGUCGUAAAUUAAAAGUUGGCUGUGUUUCUAAGUAGACUUUGUUUUACACGCCGUGCCCAGCAUGCACCAAACACAGCACAGACAGAUGAGGACAUGUCAACAUGGGUGCUCCCCCGCUGUGACACACUCAGGACAAGUUCAGCCUAUCAGGGAUCACUGGGAGACGCUGGAAAUGUCUCGUCAUGUUCUAACAACGUUUUCCUUUUUACAGCUCAAGACAAUGUGAGGUCUCUAUUAAAUGCAUUCUCAUGAACAUUGCCAAUGGAAAAUGAAUCUAGCUGUUAUUAUUUUUAUAUAUACUACAGGCUGUGUCUCAGUAAAAGAAACAGUUGAAAGUGGCCAUUAAAGAGGCACUGUGUAGUUUUGGAAAAUAGCUUUAUGAGCUCAGAAAGGUCAUAUUUACAAUACGGAUAAUAAUACAAGCUCAGAAAUGUUUAUUUAUUUAACAA